AGACUGUUCUGGGCCAGCAGCGCGCAGUAGGUUCCGGGUCCGGUGACUCGCGUGACUGCGCGGACGGAGUAUCUGUCAGGUCGGCCUUUGGGGAAGAAGUUCCCUAGGCCGUGGCACCCAUGGCGGGCGAGGGACUAGGGCAACAGGGCGCGUCGGCCACCGCGGCGCCGGAGACCCGAGAGCACCUCUUUAAGGUGCUGGUCAUCGGCGAGCUCGGCGUGGGUAAGACGAGCAUCAUCAAGCGCUACGUGCACCAGCUCUUCUCCCAGCACUACCGCGCCACCAUUGGCGUGGACUUCGCCCUCAAAGUUCUCAACUGGGACAGCAGGACGCUCGUGCGCCUGCAGCUGUGGGAUAUCGCGGGACAGGAACGGUUUGGCAACAUGACUCGAGUAUACUAUAAGGAAGCUCUUGGAGCAUUUGUAGUCUUUGAUAUAUCGAGAAGUUCUACAUUUGAUGCAGUCCUAAAAUGGAAAAACGAUCUGGAUAGUAAAGUUCAUCUUCCCAACGGCAGCCCCAUUCCUGCUGUCCUCCUAGCUAACAAAUGUGACCAGAAGAAGGACAACAGCCAGAGUCCUUCCCAGAUGGACCAGUUUUGUAAAGACCAUGGCUUCACUGGAUGGUUUGAAACCUCUGCCAAGGAUAAUAUAAACAUCGACGAGGCCACCCGCUUCCUAGUGGAAAACAUGCUUGCAAACCAGCAAAGUUUUCCUAGUGAAGAAAUCGACCUGGACAGAAUUAAACUGGUAGAGGAGCCCCCCACAACAAAGCCCAGGUCCCAGUGCUGCUGAUGUGUCUCUGUGCCCCAUGUGCUGUCUCCUUGGUCCUGCCUGUAUGGAGGCUGCCCCUUUCCAACCCUCGGUGCCACUGUGCCCUGUGACUCUCCCUCGGGGGGCGCUGCUUUACCGUUCAGCUGUACAGGCACCGCCCAUCUGAAGAUCCAUGGAGAACUGUUCCCAUGAGAGGCCCUGUGACUUUACCCGAGGACCCCUCAGGCUCUUGUCAUACUGCCAAAUGCAAACUAAUGUUUACAGCCUUUGAAAUAUUUUUGUACAUGAAUUUCAAAAGUUAGCUUUUAGUGUGAGUCCUAGGUGGGGUCAUAGAAAAGGUCCCCUCGGCCUGGUGAUGGUGAUUGUGACUUUUCAGUGACUUUGUUCCUGUAUACAUCCUCACCUAAGCACAUUUAUUUUUUCUUUUCUAAGGUGUUAGCUACAGAGACCUGAAGGUCACGUGCAGUUAUAUCCUAGUCAAAACUUUGUACGUCACGUAAAAUUUUCAUCCUUAAAUAACAUGAUUCCAUAACACAUAGCUGUUGUACAAUGAAGUCACUCUGACUCACCUUAAGAACACCUUCUUUAAUUAGUCAAAAAGUCCCGAGCUAGGAAUGUGGCUCAUUUAUGUAGAGUGCUUACCUAGAAUGCGAUAGACUCUCUGGGUCUGCAGUUCUGAGAGACCAAAAAGAGUUAGCACCAUACCUGUUUUAUGUGUGUCUCCUUCUGGAUCCUCUCUCGGUGUGGUUGCCACUACCACUUGGAAACAAUAUAAAUGAAGAUUUUGUUUCUCUGCCCUCUAUUCUGUACUUAUAGCCUAGGGCCAUAUUGAACAUACAGUGGUACUAAGAGGAACUUGUCUUUCCGGUUCUGUCAUAAUAAUAAUGGUCAGGAGGGGAAUUCUUUUUCAAAACAUAUGCAAUUAUAGCCAAGUUUCUGUAGUGUAAAACCUGGAAGAAAGUAGACCAUGUCUAGUUUUGUCUGUGGUUUCUAAUACUGGUUAUAUAAUGCCUCGGGCACUUAGGAAGACCCACUAUACUGUAUUGCCUUUAACUCAGUGAAAGAAAGGAAUAAAUAUUUUAACCUAAGCCUGUGUGUUGAAUGAAUGUGGUUAGUUCUAGGAAGGAACUGUUCUGGUUUAGAAAAUGUGUUUGGCUGAGGUGGUGGUUCACAUCUGUCAUCCCAGCCUGCAGGAGACAGAGACAAAGGGUGGGAGUGCAUAUCUUGGCUACAUUGCAAGUUCAAGAAUAGCCGGUGCUACACAAGAGGCUUUCUCCCAAAAUU